GGGUCAUAAAAGUUCUCCUUACCUAACUAUGAACCUUCUAUAUAAACAGGCUAAUCUGCCCUGUACUCUGCAUUUACCUUUUUCUCUUUACACCAGCGACUUAGUGGAGAUCAGAAGGAGCAAAUAAGGAUACCACAAUGGCAGAGCACAACUACAGACGCCUUGCUGCCGUUGUCAUAUCGUUUGCCGUCUUUGCAAUAAGCCUUGUGUUCAAUGUGCUGUCUGUGUUUGCAGUGGGUCCUUAUACAACCACUACAGCCAAUGUGUCGGCUGUAUAUGACACAGAGCUCACUCCUUCAGGGUGGACCUUCUCCAUCUGGGGUCUCAUCUACAUCUGGCUGGCAGCAAUGAUGCUCUACAUUGUUUCUGGUAUUUUUAGAAGUAAUGGUUAUGGAUACGUCUACGCCGGCCCUGCAGGGUUGCCGUAUGGUUUCUUCAUCAGCUGGUGUCUCAAUCAAGGAUUUAAUAUCUCCUGGCUUCUUGUUUGGGACAGAGGACUGAUGAUUCCUGCUCUUAUUUUCCUCAUCCUGAUCAUCUGUACAAAUUACAGCAUGGUUGGCUUCAUCUGCCACAGACUUCACAUUUAUGGACCCUGGCUAAAAAGUACAAUUGAAAAAGAUCUGUGGCUCCUGCGGGUGUUGGUUCUGAAUGGUGUGAUGAUCUACACAUCAUGGACAACCAUUGCAACGCUCCUCAACCUGACUAUAGUGCUAAAAUAUGAAGCCAACAUGUCCUCGGCAGACUCAGCCACCAUCUCCUACUCUCUUCUAACUGUGGUUCUGCUUUCAUGGUUUGUUGUAGAAAACUUUGUCCUGGACAAGCACAUGCGGUACGUUUUUAUUCCCUACGUUGUUGUGAUCUGGGCUUUGUCUGGAAACCUGACCAAGAAUUAUGACGCCUCCUCACCCAGCCGCAAUGGCAUCUUUAUUGCUGUCCUGCUGGCUGUUUCCUGUGUGCUGCUCGCCAUCCGGAUUGUUUUGGUGGUUUGGAGAAACACCAAACAGCCACUCUAUAAAAAUGCCAGUCCUGAAGCCUUGGAUGUACCAGAAAUUACUGAGAGGCAGAAAAAAAUAUUUCGCUAAGCCUUUUUAUGUCAUAUCCUAUUGCAGGAAUACAUUUCUGUAUUUUUUUUUCUAUUUAAAUUAGAUAGGCUAUUUCUAUGUAAAUUCUGCCACAUUAACAUUCGCUCCAGUAUAUUUUUCUGCUAUUCUUCUCAGCUUCGACUGCCUGAACUAUGAAUAUCUUACGGUUCUUGCCUUGAAUCUAUAUAAGACUUGGAUAGAAAUACUGUGACUACAUUAUAGUCACUUUACUUUAGGCAGAGAAUGGAUUGUACUUAAUCAUUAUAUUUUAAGCAGUUUUAUAUUUGAUAUAUAUAUCUUCUCUGAUGCUUUUUUUGUUAAAUUAUUACUUAUAUUACAAAAGCAGCUUUUUUAUUUUACCGAUUUUAUCGCAUUGCUUGUUAUUUUAAUUGUUUUGUUUGAAUUACUUAAUUAUGAUAAUUUUCUUAGUGUGAAAAUAAUUAUCUAAACAUGACUACGACGUAAAUGUUUUUUUAUGGUGCUUUAAAUUUAAUAUUCAAAGUGCUUUAAUGGCUUAUGUAAACAUAAAUAAAUCAAAUUUAUCAA